GAGGAAGAGGGUGAAGGGGAGGAGGAGAAGAGGAGGAGAAGGGGAGGUGCUGCAGUAACAAAGGAGGCCUCCAGAUGGCGGCAGCUUCUUUGAACUUUUCUAAAUGUUUGUCAGUGACGUCACUCAGUGAUUGACUAUUGUUUUGUUUGUUUGUUUUUUGUUUUUGUUUUUUCACAAUAAAAGCCGCUUCCUGUUGCUUUGUUGGGAUGAAUAAAUGAAGAUGAUGAAACGAUGAAGAUGAAAUGAUGAAUUAAAGAUGGAGGAUGAAUAAAUGAUGCGGUCACGUGACCCGCAGCAGGACGCCGCCUCGCUUCAGUCAGACCCGUCAGACCGCACGAGGACACACGCGGAGGAUGCACGAGAGCCGGUCAGGUCUCAUGAUGGCGAUGGUCGUCCAGACGAUGAUGUGGCGUUUGCCUCUCACCUCUGAUUGGUCAUCUCUCCCCGCAGAUAUGCACGAGACGCCGGUGACCGAGACGCUUCCUCUGACCAAUGGCACGGGUUUUAGGCCAUGCGAGCCUCCGUACGAGGAGGGCCGGCUGCCGCUGGUGCUGCUGUACAGCGGCGUGCUGGCAGUGGGGCUGCCCGCCAACUUGCUGACUGUCUACCUCACCUGGCUGCAGGUGAGCAGGAAGAACGUGCUGGGCGUGUACCUGUGGAGCCUGUCGCUGUGUGACCUCACCUACCUCGGCACGCUGCCGCUGUGGGCGCACUACGUCGGCAGCGGUCACUUGUGGCCGUGGAGUUCAGCGGCGUGCAAGCUGACGGGCUACGUCUUCUUCAACAACAUGUACAUUAGCAUCUUCCUGCUCUGCUGCAUCUCCUGCGACCGCUACGUCGCCGUCGUCUACAGCAUUGAAUCCCGCGGCCUCCGCCGCCAGCGCCUCGCCGUCUUUGUCGCCCUCACCAUCGUGCUGGUGGUCGCUGUUGGUCACAUUCCCGUCUUCACUAUGAGGGAGGGCGACGUCGCCGAGGGCCGCCGGCACUGCUUCGAGCCGAGUCAGAGCAGCGCCACGGUGACAGGCUUCAACUACGCCCGCUUCAUGGUCGGCUUCCUGAUUCCGCUGCUGGUGCUGGUGGCGACCAACCGCGGCAUCCUGGCCAACGUGCGGCGCAGCACCGGGCUGCGGCGGGAGCAGAAGGAGCGCGUCCGCUGGUUGGCGGUGGCUGUGGUGGUGCUGUUCCUGGUCUGUUUCGCCCCGUAUCACGCCAUCCUGCUGGUCCGCGCUGUCAUCUACCACUUCCCCCAGCUGGAGGACGGCACCUGUCUGUUCGAGCGGACCAUGUACACACCAUACACCAUCUCGCUCGGCCUGUCCACCGUCAACAGCGCCGUCAACCCCAUCCUCUACGUCCUGUCCAGCGACAACAUCCGCAAAGAGCUAAGACGAGGCCUCGCGCAGCUCUGCCGCCGGCCGCACCUCAGACCUCCAUCCAGCAGCAGCCACAACAAGACUCCACCCACCAGGGACUCUUCACAGACUCCACCCACCAGGGACUCUUCACAGACUCCACCCACCAGGGACUCUUCACAGACUCCACCCACCAGGGACUCUUCACAGACCCCGACUACCAUUUGCUCCUCACAGACCCCGCUCAACAGGGACUCUCCACAAACCCCGCCCACCAUUUGCUCCUCACAGACCCCGCCCACAAGGAACUCCUCAGAGCUGAACAUUCUGACUGAGGCCGAGAGACCACAUGGAGAAAAACCACCAGGGAGUUGACCAACAUCAGCUGGACUUCCUGGUUUCUGAUGGUCUCUGAUGGACUUUGAUGAUUUCUGAUUAACUUUGAUGGUCUCUGAUGGACUUCGAUGAUCUCUGAUGGAUUUUGAUGGACCUUGGUGGUCUCUGAUGUACUCUGAUGGACUCUGAUUGUUUCUGAUGGAGUUUGAUGGACCCUGUUAGACUCUAGCGGUAUCUUGUAUGAAGAUCGGUGGACCUGAACAUGUCUGGAGGAGAUCAGGUUGAUCUGGACCAAUCAGGAUGAGACGGAUCAAUGAAGUUUAUAAACUGAGUUUCAGAUUAAGUAAAGAAUAAAAGACUGUUUCUUGUUUUUCUACUUUCGUGUUAAAGUUCACUUCCUGUCUGUAAAUAAAAUGUAAUCAGACUCCAGGAGCUCAGACUGUUUUUUCUAAACAUCUGUCCUUCGAUGGUCGACUCGCGUCCCCCAUAGUGUGUGUGUGACCAAAUGCUUUCCCUCCGGUGGCACUGCCUCGUUAUUGUGUCUGGAAUUAAAUGUUGUCUUUUUUAUGGCUGCAGCAUUGGUGAAGAGCCCCGUACGAAUUUUUUACUUUGU